AUGUUACGAAGUAUCCAACACGUAGAAACCCAGUUAAACCAAAGCUGUCGUCAAAUCUCAACGACGAGCACUCUUUUCAAGAAUAAAGCUGGAAAAACAAAGGUUUCUGCAAAUGAAAGCGUAUAGAUAUUUUACCACAAGCUAUUUCAGUCGACGUCGAACAGAACCCAGCUGCUCACCUACGAAAUGGCCCAGAAACCGCAUCACAUUGGCGUACGAAAGUCUUGGCUGACUUGGCACUCACAGAACCUUGAAGGUACUUGUUUACUAAUAUUUACUGACUUUAUGAAAGUCUUUAUCAGGUGGUUUUCAGAAUUCCGUCAAUCGCAGCCAAUUGUUGUUGCUCAAGAUGAGGCGGUUCGUCGAUUCAUUCGCGGAUUUUUCCCACAGAAUCUCGUCGUCAGUGGAAACGAAGUUUGUAGAUAAUUCACAUGGAUCUCCCAAAACAUUUGCUGCUCUCAGAUUGUGAUCAAGCGUCGUGGAAACGUGCUGAUCGUCGCAGGAUUCCUUCAGUACUCGAGAAGACUCGACAUCCGACGGAUCUACUGGAUGUUCGGAUUCGCCGAAGAGUUUCUGUCAAUCCUUCUGAAACAGCCGGUGAAACUGGAGUUGGCAUUCGUGGAAUCAGAGGAAGACGUGGCCUACAACUAUAUCUGA